CAAGCCAUGUUCUCUUGUGUUUUUCAGUUCAAGUGACAGCAGUAUUAGGUCUGAUCAAAGUAACUCUUUAGUUAGUGUAGUUUAGUCUCCUCACUCAAGGAGAAUAUUAAACACAAUUACUAAUAACUGACAACAAGGUUGAUUAGCCGUGCAUGGAUCAUAAAAAGAGUGGUCACAUAGGGACAAUCACUAACCGUGGAAGAAUCCUAACUUUGGAAUUUAAGCAUACCUCCCUUUAACAACGCAUUAGUGUAACACUGUUCUUCUUUUAGAACAAACUGCCUGUUGGCUUUGAAAAAGCACCUACUGCUCGCGGAGAUGAGGUUCACAAGAUGCAUCACGAUAAUACAGUUUGAAAUGCUACUGAAUGUCAUCUUUGUUUCAGGUGGUGAGGGACUCUGUCAUGCAGACCUUAAUGCAUCUAUGCCAACCCAGAUGGAGGCAUUGAGUGACACUUGUUUGCAAAUUCCAUGUUCAUUUGAUUUAGUACCAUCAAAUCUACUCGAUAAAAAAAAUAUAUAUAUUGGUUUAUGGCUAAAAUCGACUCACCAUUUUGGGCCUCAUCCAGAAAGUGUGGUUUUCAACGGUAGCAAAACCAAUAAUAUAUAUCCAAUUAGUAUCAUUGGGAAUAUGAGUGAAUACAACUGCACAACCGUUUUUACAAACAUGAAAUCAAGUUAUGCUGACGUGUAUUACUUCAGAGUUGAAAGAAGUUACAAGUCAACUGACGUCUGCAAUCCUCUAACAAUCACAGUUAAAGAUUCAGCCCCAGCACCCUCCAUACAGACCCUCCCGGAGGGACCACUAACGGAGGGGAGCAGGGUAACGUUCACCUGCAGGGCCAUCGCACCCUGUCCCACCCAGCCGCCUCACCUGAGCUGGAGCCAGUCAGGAGGCCCUGAGGGCCGGCUGGAGCCGCACGGAGACCAAGAGCCUAACGUCAGGACCCGGCGGCUGAAUAUCACUCUGUCGGACCGACAUGACGGGGUCCGCCUCACCUGUCUGGUGGAGUAUCCGGUGAACGACCCAGCAGGCGGGCCCAGCAUCAGAACAGCAGAAAGCGUCGUGACGCUCAAGGUUUCCUAUUCCCCGAAGGAUACCCAGGCCUCCGUCAGCCCCCCCACGGUGUCACUGGGCAGUGUGGUCAACCUGACGUUGACCACGGUGUCGCUGGGCAGUGUGGUCAACCUGACGUGCACCAGCAGAGCCAACCCCCCCGUUCUCCGGUUCACCUGGUUCAGGAGCAGUGCGGAGGGACCCCUGAACGUGUCAGAUGGAUCUUGGUACAGCUUCAAUGUGUCCAGCUACAGAGGAAUCUACUACUGCGUGGCCACGAAUCCCUUGGGAAACCAAACAUCAGAAGAGAUUAAGCUAACUUUCAGCGGUGAAAGUGUUGGAUUGAAUGUCCCUCUGAUAGUGAGAUUCUUAAUCGGUAUUGUCAUCUUUACUGGUCUGAUCAUCUCUGUCCUGUGGUUACUGAAGAAACCUUCAACACAGCAACAGAAUCCAAUAAUCGAGGCGUCAGACAAGCAGGUGGAAGAGGAGAUCCACUACGGAGAGAUCGACUUUGCCAAGGGAGGUGCUGUGCAGAACCCAGGCCUGGUGUUCCCCCAGGGGGAGGAGCAGACCUCAGAGUACGUUGAGAUCACUGCUCAACAGGCUAAGAACACACAGAUCAGGGCUGAACUGGAGAAGAGCUGAAUAGUUUGGACUCGGAUCAGCAUAAACAUAUCCUGCUUAAAGUUUAAUUCCGGUGAAGCCGAAUUGUUUUAGCAUUUAAACUCAUCAAAUAAGCCCUCCAAAUACUUUUUUCAUUGAAAAUCAAGUAUAGAGUUUGCCCAGCACAAUGUUUGGCUUCCAUGUUAUUGGCUAGGGGCAAAGCGAAAGCUUUUAAAUCUGCAUUUUUUAACCACUAAUCUAGCCAAAAAUAGCACCAAACCUCUGCAGUCGCAUGAUAUGGGUCCCUACACCUAAAAUGAAGCAUCAACAACUUAGUUAGUGUAGCGGGAGUUUAUUAAAAAAGAACUUGAUUACCAGCUACCGUAGAUAAUAUAAUAGACGCACCAACAAAUUUAACUUAAAAAUCUGAAUUGGAAAACAGUCUUUUUCAACAUGUUUGAUGUGUAGGGACCCUAAUCAUGCUACUGAAGAGGUUUGGUGCUAUUUUGAGCUAUAUUAAUAGUUUUGGAAGAUUUUCGCUGUGCCCCUAACAAAUAACAUGGAGGCAAACAUUGCGCCGAGCAAACUCUAUGCUCGAUUUUCAAUGAAAAAGGUAUCUGGGGGGCUUAUUUGAUGGAUGCAAAAAAGAAGACCCUGGGAUACAUUUUUGCCGGAAUUACACUUUAAGCAUCUAUGGCUGCGGCUGCAAAAUGUUUCCAAAACAUGGCACCCCUUAUGCUUUUUUGUCUCCAAGGCACCCAAUAAACCAAAACAAGUUUGAAUCCCUGUAGGGAUAGGUGCUGUUUAUGAGGAUUAUGAGGACGAGGAUGUGAUGUGAAGGGUGACACCGAUUUGAAAGUUCAGCCAGUUACCCAAUGGGUGGAGUUUGUCCCACCCACUCAUUUGCAUUUUAAUAUUGUCUACAUUGAAGCAGUUCAAAUGCAAAGAGAUAGCAUUUUAAUUGUAUAUCUGACUCAAAUAAUGCGUCUAUAUUAUGAACAAUAAAAAGCAUCAGUGAUAUUGCA